UUCUCAUCAACAACACCAUCGAAAUUCUAGACACACAACACAUAAAAGAUUUCCUUGUUCUUUUUACUGCUUAACCGUUCGGCUAUCUCAUAUAUGAACAACAACAUGUUAGGAAUGAAGAGACGGAGAGAUGAUAAUGAAGGGUCCUUGGAUUUGGCAAAAUGUCUUAUGCUGUUUUCUUGUCCAAUAGAAAGCAACAAGACACAACAGAAAAGUUUUGGUUCUGUGGAAUUUGAGUGCAAGACGUGCAACCGCAAGUUCUCUUCUUUUCAAGCACUGGGAGGGCACAGGGCAAGCCACAAGAGGCAGAAGCUGGAGGGGGAAGAACUGAAAGAACAGGCCAAAAGUCUUAGCUUGUGGAACAAACCCAAAAUGCACGAGUGCUCCAUUUGUGGCCUUGAAUUCUCUCUGGGCCAGGCUCUGGGUGGCCACAUGAGAAAACACAGAGCUUCCCUCAACGAAGGGUUUCCUAUUAUUCCUUCUAUCGACCAAGUUAUUGCGAAAAUCCCGGUUUUGAAAAGGUCGAAUAGCACCAGGGUUAUGUGCUUGGACUUGGAGUUACACCUGUAGAUAAUGACUCUGUGCUUGGAAUCAACUAUGAAAUCACCACCUCAGCUUCUUUUUCUUUGUUCUGACUAACUCUUUUUUACCUCUUUCUGGACACAUGUAGUAUUCUUUCAUUUUUGUGUAAAAAUUUCAUUGACUUUUCCCUUAUAAAGAUCAUUGAUUCUUUAUUUGUUAA